UUCCUAUCAGAAUUCAGGGCUGGACUUGAGAAGCAGAGCUUGAGCCAGUAAAGGGGUGCCUCUAGAAAAGCUUCAUUUACACAUAAAGUAACAGUACCCAGAACACAAACUUAAACCACUAGUUGUCAGGAAUGCUCGGGUGCUGGACCCACAUGCACAGCGCAGACACGCUGAUCAGUCGAUAAACAACUUUAUUGUGCAACGUAGUCAGGGCAAUCCAGGUCAUACACGAUUGGUCUCAGGCAAAGGCACAAAAGGAGCAGGCAAACUCGAUUCCGGGGACAGGCAAGGUUUCGGUGACUAAUGAGCUGGGCAGAGGUACAGACAAGGAGUGAGCUAUAUCGUGGUCAGACAGUCAGGAACGUUACCAAUAUCUCGAGGCGUAGGUACAGACAGGGUGCAGGCAAGAAUCGGCGGCCAGGUACAGACAGGAUCAUGCAACAUGACAAAAUACUUGAUGAAUCAGACGGAAUCAAAGUGAAGGUGGACUCAGCAGCACUGAGCAACCAAAGACAGGCACCUACUGACUUCAGCAACAUCUACAGCAAAGACCUGCUCCCAGCUUCGGGCGGUGAAGAGGUGACCAAAGAAUUUUUACAGGAGCUUCUAAAUGUCUUGCUUGGUUAUAUCUGCAAGACAAAUCAAAGGAGUACAAAGGUCCUGGACUACCAUCAUCCUCAUCAACUCAAGGAGGGACUGGAAGGCUUCACUCUGCAGCUGACAGACCAACCAGAAACCUUGGAGCAGAUACUAGUGGACUGUAGAGACACACUCAAGUAUGGUGUCAAUUCAGGCCAUCCUCGAUUCUUCAACCAGCUGUCCUCUGGUUUAGAUCUGAUCGGUCUAGCUGGCGAGUGGUUGACCUCUACAGCCAACUGUAACAUGUUCACGUAUGAAGUGUCUCCUGUCUUCAUUCUCAUGGAGGAGGUUUUGCUGAAGAAGAUGCAAGACAUCGUAGGAUGGUCAAAAGAUGAAGGAGACGGACUUUUCUGUCCAGGAGGCUCCAUAUCCAACCUUUACAGCAUUCUGGUGGCCAGGUAUCACUUCUACCCAGAGGUGAAGACCAGAGGGAUGAGAGCCCUGCCUCGACUGGCACUCUUCACCUCAGAACAUAGUCACUACUCGAUAAAGAAGUCUGCCGCCGUGCUGGGGUUUGGCAGCGAGAACGUGAUCGUGGUGAAAUGUGAUGAAAGAGGCAAAAUGAUUCCUGUUGAACUUGAGUCUUCCAUCAUUGCAGCUGAAGAAAAGGACUUGGUUCCAUUCUAUGUGAAUGCCACAGCCGGCACCACGGUGUAUGGAGCCUUUGAUCCUUUGGAUGCCAUUGCAGACAUCUGUCACAGACACGACCUGUGGAUGCAUGUUGAUGCAGCGUGGGGGGGAGGCCUGCUAAUGUCAGACAGGCACAGGAUGAAACUGAAGGGCAUUGAGCGAGCCUGGUCUGUAACAUGGAAUCCUCAUAAGAUGAUGGGGGUCCCUCUGCAGUGCUCUGUCAUACUGAUCAAGAAGAGGGGUCUCCUACAGGAGUGUAAUGAGUUGGGGGCUGAGUACCUUUUCCAGAGAGACAAACCCUAUGAUGUGAGCUAUGACACUGGAGAUAAGAGCAUCCAGUGUGGCCGACAUGUUGACGUGUUCAAAUUUUGGCUCAUGUGGAAGGCAAAGGGCUCACAGGGCUUUGGAUCCCAGGUCAACAAAUGCUUAGAGAAUGCAGAGUAUCUGUAUGAUGAACUGCAGCGAAGGGCUGGCUUUGAACUGGUCUUUGAACACAAGCCAGAGCACAGUAAUGUGUGUUUCUGGUACAUCCCACCCAGUCUGAGGGUCCUUCCACCUGGACCUGAAAGAGAUGCCAAACUUCAUCAUGUGGCUCCUAGGAUUAAACACAGAAUGAUGGAGAAGGGCUCCACCCUUGUUGGCUACCAGCCUUUUGGAGACAAAGUCAAUUUCUUUCGAUGUGUCUUCUCCAACCCUGCUACUCAGCAAGAGGACGUAGACUUCCUGUUGAACGAGAUCUGUCAGUUGGGUGAAAACUUGUGACCUCUAAAACUAGUUUUCGCUGGGUACACUGUUGAAUUGUUUCAGGGCUUCCCUUCCCCAUCAGGUAGCCAGCCCUGGUCCUCGUGGGCCAAGGCUAAGCUUUUGUUACUUGCUGUUAUCUUUAACUGGAAAUGACAAGCAGGUCGGUGGCUCUCGAGGACCAGGACUGUCGACUCCUGCUGUUUCAUACAAGUUAACCUUAUUUGCGCGUCAGAUUCUGUCCCCUUCAGUCAAACAACAGCUUUAUGCUGAAUAUUAUAUAAAAUACUCAUAAUGUAGUAGCUGUUUGUUUGUACUAUGUCACCAAUUCAGGGCAUGAAAAAUAAAAAAAAGAUCUACAAAAGGUAUUUGUAACCAACUACAUCUAUAGUUACCUGACCCUGGUCUGAAUUCCAGGAUGUUUGGAUACCAGUGCUGAUAGAGCCUAACAUGAACCUGCUGCAGUAGAACCACAGUUUCUCAUUGCUACACUGGGUUUUUCCACACGACUAAACUCUUUACUAGGAAUUUAAAAAAAAAAAAAAACCUCGGCAAUGCUCAGGGUUUGUGUUACGGCCCUGAGUUUCCUAAUCAUAGGCCCCUGGCAAGGGCAGAGAAUCCAGGGUUUGUCCCAGCUUGUCUUUGAGGCUGUUCCUUUCUAUUCGUAAAGAUGAAGCCUGUGGGUAUAUUAGGAAAUUUCUGAGGUUCUUGGAAAAGACAAGAAGCCUUGUAUACUGAGCUGUCAAACCAUCAUAACAAACAUUUAUUUAGCAUUUAGUUCAUCUGAAUAUCUGGGCAGCCUAAUAUAUUAAUAUGUUUGUGUAAAGUUACAUUUUGAAUAUUUAAAUGUACAAGUAACUAUCUGCUUCAUAGCCAGUGUCUGGUCUGUGUACUGUGGGAUCCUUUAUUAUAUAUAAAUAAUAUUAAAGACAAAAGAAACGUGAUGCAUGAACCAAGUCCUCCAGUAUCAAAGCCUAUAGCGUCAUCUAGUGACAGGAGAUUGCAAUGCAUGUGACGAGUCUACAGGACAAGUCAUGAAGAGUCUCAGUGGGUAACUGUUAAAUUGUAAAAUAGUGUCAUUAGUCAUAAAAAUAACCACUUGAAAGCAGAAAUAUUGCUAAUAAAGGUAAGGAUAUGGUUUGGUGCUUUAAGUUUAUGUAGGAAGUGUGUUUAGGUAAUUACUACAUUGUAAAAUAGUCUUAUUAACUACUCAAACCAGCACAAAAGAUUGUUAUUUUAAGCUAAAGAGCUGGAUUGGUGUUUUUAUUUUGAAACGAUAUGGAGAAAGCAUGUGCAGAUACUGUAAUUGCUAAACAGUAAAAUAGCCUUAAUACUGUAUCUAUUCAUAAUAAACCAAUUGAACUAUUGCUAUUUUUAGCUAAAGAUCUGGAUUGGUGCUUUUAUUUUGAAAGGAUUUGGAGGAGAUGUGUGCGCUUAGCACUUAAACUGUAAAAUAGUCUCAUUAACUAGUCACAAUUACCAAUUCAAAAGCAAAAAUAGUGCUAAAAAUUUGGAUUGGUACUUCUAUUUUGAAAGGAUUCAGCGUAAGUGUGUGACUAUAUUACUAAACAAUGUAAAACAGUGUAAUGAUCUAAUCAGCAAUAAGUAUAGAGCUGCUACACUGAGCAUCAGGAGUUUGACCUGGCAGUCAAAGCUGCAGCUGCGCCGUUGUCAUGGAGGUUCUUUCUGCUCUGUGAAAGCUUGUUACAGCAAAACCAUAAUAGCCAUCAAAAAAUAACUUCAUUUUAUGAAUCCCAAGGCUUCAAAUGGUUUGAGUUUUAUGUUUGAAGAAUAGAAAUUGUGGCCACAGUUGGUGUCUGCCUUGUUAGUUUAUAUCUGUUUUUUUCUGAACUUUGUCCUGCUUUUAGUUGGUAGUUCUUUGUAUGUUCCCCAUUGUUCUAUUAAAUGAGUUAUCUUGUAAAGUCUAACGGGCUGUGAAUGAGCCUUCUCCCUCGUGUUAGUUGGUCUGGACUGUGUUUCUCUGUCGAGCAGGUCUAAUAGUAUUUUUAAUAUCCUCAGCCUUUUGAUGGUCUGUGGAGCUCAGUGCAUCCAUCUUUGAUUCAGCUCUGAGGCAUCACCGAGCGCUAUAACACAAUUUAUUCUCCACUCUGUAGGAGACAAUAAAGCCUCUUUCAUAAUGUAUUAGAACUCAGUGCCCACGGUUACUGGGAGAAACAGAACAAACCAAGAGAAGGAGCAGACAAUACGUAAAAAAGGAAAAUGUUUCAGAGAUCGGUGCAAAACGAACGGGGGACGAAGCAUAUUACUAUGUAAUUUGGAGAGAUCGUAGAGCUGAUUAAACAGUAAAAACACAAUGAAACAGCACUAUUUCAUUUUUGCUGAGGUUAAUACAGUAAAUUUGGCAUUCUAAAUAAAAUUAUCUCUUUCAUAAUUAUUAUUUAUUUACUUAUUAUUUAUUAAUUGAAACUAGAUGUUCUUUAUGUUUCAAUAAAUAUGCUUUUCGUUUGGUGGCAUGUGUUGGGAUGUACUGUUGAAUUUUUUUACACACGUACUGUGUGACUAUGCACCUCCCAGAAUGCAAUACAUAUUAUGAGCUGAAUCCUUGUCCUCUCUUCAGUGAGAGGAAGUUCCCUUUGCUGUAAACUGCUCACUCCUUGCAAGUAAAAUCCUGAAGAAGGUCUCAAUUGAUUGUGUCUGCUUUAUUUAAGAUUUACAAAGGGAACUAACAAUUUCCCUAACAGGGGCAAGUGGACAGAGCACUCUGAUGGCUCUGUCUGCUGGACCCGAGCCUUCAAAGUCCUGGAUGAGUGUGAAUGACUAAUGCAAUUAAAACUGCAGAGCAUCCCACUUAGGAGGGAUGGAACCACUAUCCAGUAGCCCUGGUCCCUCCAUCAGUAGGAUGUCCCUCACAGACCUAAGUGGAUGAAUGUGGAGAGAUGUAGUUAGGAAGCAAGGCACCUGGGUCCCUAGAGCCAGGUUCCAGACUAGCUCUGCUAGCCAUCCCACUGCCCCAAGUUUCGGUAUCUGACAUUAUGAUAUGUUUCUGCCUUUAUGUCCUGAACUAUGGUUCAUCCCUAUCUGACUCCUCACCAAACCCAAGGCCAUAGAACUGGGAGCAUCUUAUCCUUUGAGGCUUAGCGUUCCUUCCCCUUUGAUUUUUGGUUUGAUGAUGUGCACAAUCAACAUCCAUGUUUUUUUAUUUGCUUUCCCCAUUAUUUUUCUUUUUCUUUAUUUUUAUAAUAAAUCACACAAAAGACAACUCUCUCAUCAGCCUCUAUGUGGGAAUUUUCCACCACAAUGUGUGGUUGUGUGUGAGCAUUUAUACUGUGACUGUAUGAAUGAUGCACUGACUGGAUGUCAGAGUGAAGUCAUUCUGAUUCUGUUAUGUAAUGUAAAAUCCUCAUCAGACAGAUCUGUGCUUCACAUUACUGAAGGACUUUGAAAGCUGUAUUUUACAGGAGAACUGACUGGUGUCAGUGGCAAAUCGUACUGUAAUGUACAAUGAAGGCAGUGACGCUUGGAGACCUGCUACAUCAGACUUAGUGCUGAUUGUUUGAGGAGACCCUACUCAGCUCUAACGUGAGUUAGUCAUUGCUGUGCUUUGGCUGGAGUAGGAACAGUUUAAACUCUCCUCUACCUUCCUCUGAUAUGUGGAAACCAACAUGAUGAUGAACAGCUGAUGUUUUUGUUUUUCAUGCCUUAGAAUAUAAUCACAUUCCCUCCUGCUCAUCUACUGUGAUUAACUGUUUUGGUCCUGGAACAGAGGCUGUGUUGAUUUAAAAAACCUCUGUGCUGACUUAAUUACACCUUAAGAAAACUGUAUUUACUCUUACUGCUGAGAUAAUGUGAAGUAUAGUUAAUUAUACGUGCAGUUAAUGUAACGUGUCAGCCGCGUGCUGUUUUUUUAGAUUUAAAGUUACAGUAUAGUCAUGUAUUGCAUAUACACCUUAAGAUGCCUUUUGUAGUGAUUUGGCUCUUUACACAAAU